AUGAGGAGCCAGGAUGAGUCUGUGAAAGACUUUGACCCCGCUGUGAUGGAUGAGGGUUACAAGAUUGAUGACGUCAGUGUGAGGGUGAAUGUAGUGUUCACUGUACAUGAAUGUGCUACUGUGUCAGACAACAGGACUCGCACCUACUACACCCCCAACGCCCAAGGCAUCAAUCCUGCAUUCCCUCUCCGCAUUAUAUCUAGAGGGUGCCAAUUUACGUCGUAUUUGUCCAAAACUCCGCUGUACGUUCAAGCCGUCAGUCCUUCGACCCAGUACCAAGGGGUCGACAGCAUUUGUUUCGACUUCAAUAGUACCAUUGCCGAAGCUACAAGCAUCAUGAGGACCAUAAUCACUAAAACAGAUAUGUCCACAAUUGAGUUAUCUUAUAUUGAAAAAGAAUACGAUGCAGGAGCCUUUGGUGGGGUGGGUCCCACAUUCCCUGUGUAUAUGGACUCUUCAGUAGGAGCUAUGGCCACAAAUGAUUUUACAAUUGACCAUCCUUGUGACUCAGUUUAUGUUAUGAAGCGCUGUUUUCGACUAGGUGGUUUAUCACCGUGUCCACCAGCCGAGAAAAUUCCCGUGUUCAUCCUAUCAACGAAGAAGAAGGAAGACAAUUCUAGUUGCAUCGCCCAAGGAAUUCAGACUGCCAACAAAGAGAACGGUCCCCUUGACUUCAUGACGUUGCCUCGCAAGGCGAAGAACCCCUGCCCUAGUCUGUCCACAGGAGGUAGCGGAAGUGGAGGUGGAGGUGGAGGUGGACUUUUUGGAGGACUAAGUUUAACAACGAUAGUGGACGUGCCUAAUGUUGUUACCUGGCUGUUUUAACUUAUCCGCAAAUUUAAUUCACCCGUUUAAAAAUUCUGUGUUAAAUCACCCAACUCUAUUAGAUUUACACUGGGAGCCAUAUUUAAUCCAUGCAACUAUUUCUCCUUUAUAGCACGCUUCGGUUAUAUUUGUACAAGUAUCCUCCAUCAGUCGAUACCGAGAAUAUUUUCUAUCCUAUCAGAAAGAAAGUUAAAAGGCUGUAAAAAGAUAUAAAGAAGACAAACUCUAUAUUGAUAUGUAUUUAAUGCAAAUCCUAUUAAAUAAAUUUUCAGGGUUUUUAUUUAUUUUAAUCCAGUAAGGAAGAAAAAAUUUUGUAUUUGCUACCUCAUAGUUCUAG